AUGGCCGGAGGUAACAGUAACAAAAGCGACAAUGCUAUCCCCGAAAACGAAAUAUUCUCCUGCUUCACCGACACCCACGGCGUCAUCACAAGCACCAUGAACGACUUACCCGGCUACAAAAUCACCAAGGUCCUAGGGACAGUCUACGGGCUAACCGUGCGCUCACGCAACUGGGGUGCUGGCCUAGGCGGCAUUGCGCGCUCAGUGGUUGGCGGCGAAAUUCGCGUCUUUACAAAAUUGCUGUAUACGGCUCGCAAUGAAGCUGUGGAGAGGAUGGUGGGAGAGUGUAUGUCCAGGGGUGGGAAUGCGUUGGUGGCGAUGAGGUUUGAUAUUGUUGAUAUGGGCGGGUUUUCGCAGAUUUGUGCUUAUGGGACUGCUUGUCUUGUGGAGAAGUUGGAUGAUUGA